GUGCUGGUUAUCGGCAUUCCUCUCCUCACCAGCUGUCACGCUGACAGCUCAGGGGACAUCUACACUGAUCAUCAGGGCACUGAUCAGUGCCCUGAUGAUCAGUGUAGCCCCAUCAGUGCCACCUGUCAGUGUCCAUUAAUGUCACCUGUCAGUGCCAAUCAAUGCACAUCAAUGCCACAUAUCAGUGCCAAUCAAUGCCACAUAUCAAUGCCUACCAGUGCACAUAAAUGCCACAUAUCAGUGCCCAUCUGAGCUGCCUAUCAGUGCUAGUCAGUGCCGCCUAUGAG